AUGACAGAAACUAUAAAAAGAAAGAAGUUAUGUCAGGGAAAACGGGGAGUUUUGCGUCGCUCAGUUAAUCGAGUGUUUCUUUUCUGUUUUGGAUUGGCCGGCGGUAUACUAAUUGGGAUUUACUUAUAUCAUGGAGGGCCCGAUAGUGAAGUUUCUUGCAAAAACCUCCCAGAUUGGCUAGAGAACGGAGACAAAACUACAAAAACUUUACAAACGACCGUACCUUACGGACCAACCACUCCAAAGACUGACUGCAUCAACUGUAAUACAGAAAAGCACUUCACAUAUACUAUUAAUAAUCAGCUACGAGAACCAUUUUUCAACAACAGCGUUACCAUGGAAAUCGUAGAUGAAGACAGUGCCCUGAUAGAUUACAUGGAAAGGGCAGUUGAUCAAAAUAAAACACUUUUUACAAAAUUCACGGCAACAUACUUUUCUGGGUUGGGAUAUUUCAUCGAAUCUAUCAAUAACGUUAGUGGAACCUUUGCAGUUGAUCAAUCAUACUGGGAAAUACGGACACAGACAGGACCAACAACAGUGG